AUGACAAAUAAGGAAUACGAUAUUUUGACAGCACAUUAAAUUGUUCAUUCAUGCACAUCAGUUUAAAGUAUUUUACUCUUUGAGCUGUGCAAAUCCUAUUAUAACAAGCAUCUAUGGCAAUUAACAGAAUGGCCAGCCAUCUAUAUUAUAAAAGUCUUAAAAUAAACGGAAUUUAGUAAUGCUAAAAAGAUAAAUUAGUACUUUUAUGUAUUCUAUGUUUUAAAGCUAGAAUCUGAUAAUUAGUUUAGCCAAGAUCGAUUAUUAUAUAUCUAAUAUGCAAAUAAAAAUUAUGCACAUUCGUCCCUAAUUAAGUUUAUAUUGCCUUUGUUGAAGUAACAAGUUGAUUAACAAAUGGUAGUUGUUAGUCUCAAAAAAAGAUGCAGUUAUGUUGAUGAUCUCGAGCCAUAUUUCAAUUCAUUAUGUUCAAGGCUACCAUUAGAUUUUCAACACAUUUUGCAUUGCUAAAUGAAUGCUUUAACUAUGUUAUAAAUAUACCAACUUCUUUCUUGUAAUUACCGUUUAUAUAAUAUUUAAUUUAUUAAAAUAUUUAAAGCUUAUUUUAUUUUAAAGUUGCAUGUUAACGUAACAUCUUGGACAACUUUAGUGUGCAUCGCUUCAUUAUGUAAUACCUCUAUUUGGUAGUUAUAUUCGAAAUUUCAGCUUUCUGUAAUAUUACUUUUAGCUGAGAGGCAGGUUGUAAGCGUAUGUGGUCUAGGAUGUAAUAAAACGUCGUUGAAUUAAUUUCCAAAGUAAUUCUUUAUCUGA